AUGUCUGUAAACUGGGUGAUGCUCCACGACCAGGACGGCUUCGUCCGUCUUCCCAACGAGCGCUUGAUAUACUCCUCCCCUCCCCGCACCAGCUUCUCCCUCACACCACCCUCUGCCUACAAGGGCAAAGAGAAGUUGUCUCUCCAGAGCGGUGCUGGCUGUAUCCACAUCACCAACCAAAGGGUCGUCUACCUCCCCGCCCAAGCAACAAACGAUUUCCAGUCCUUCUCCUCUCCUCUCCUGCAUGUCCAUGAUUCACACGUCUCCGCCCCCUUCUUCGGCCCCAAUGUAUGGACCGCCCUGGUGCAGCCUGUGUCCGGGGGCGGCAUUUCAGCGUCAUUACCCGCCGUACAAGCCAAAGUCACCUUCAAAGAGGGCGGUGCUUUUGAUUUUCAUACAAACUUCGAGCGCAUCAAGGAACGACUCGAACAGGCCGUUGAGAAUACAGGAGAGAAUGCCCGAGGAUCGCGCGCCGUGGAUCUCUCUGCGGUCCAUCUGGAGCAGCUACCUGCAUACGAGGGUCCUCGAAAUGGGGCUUCCAACGCUGAGCCCAGUGAGCCACCAGAAGAGUCACGAAGUACACAAAGAGCAUCUGUGACAGGUCCCGAUCCUGUGGAGCCCCCGCCAUGCUACGAGGAGGUUCAGCAGCAAAGCGUGGCGAAUGAAUUGGAGGAGCGGUUGCGAAGGUCCAGCUAA